AUAGCAUCGAGCAAGCUAUCCUCUUCGAGCGGUGAGCAACGCGCGCGAGCCGAGACAGAGCGCGUAAGUGGCAGGCUAGGGCGACCCCGUCCCGGCGAUCUAGCGUCUCUUUCUGGUGCUCACUCGCCUGUCUCCUCCGCAUUAGCAUGUUUGUGUCCUAGAGGCAAGAAAGGCACGCGAGAGACGAUUGGACGAACCUAAAACACUCUAACCAUUUUCUUUUCUUUUUCAAAUUAUUGCUAUUAUUACUGGAAUACCAAGCGCGAGCCUCUGCAGGGGAGAGAGGCGAGGGGCACCAGAAAGAGAAACGCGAAAUGACUGGGCUGCGGUCGCUCCGGUUUAGCGCUCUUUGCUUGCUCGCAUCGCUCACCGCUCGAAGAGAAUAG